GGCGGCCUCCCGCUCGGAACUGUUCGGGGACCGGUGGUGCUGACUGAAGUCGCUCCCUUUGCUCUCCGUCCUCGGCGGCUGGUGCAGGGAGGGGCCAGCAUGGCGCGGCCGCCGCCACCCCCUUCUUCUCCAUCUCCCGGACCGCAGUGGUAGCAGCCAGGCUUUCCCUUCCUUCCUCCCUUCCCUCCUUCUGUCGUCAGCACCGCCAUCGUCCUCCGCUGCCUCCGUCCCUUGGGUGCUAUGGCCGCGGAAGGGGCCGGCCCCCCGGGCCUCCUCGUCCUCUGGCUCUUACCGCCGCUUGUUUUGCUUCUGGGGGCGCCGGGAUCGUCAACCGGAGAGCUAAGAUCCCCGGCGGCGUCGGGUGUGGAAUCGCUGCUGGAGGAGUUCCGCCGCCAGCUGCAGCUUGAGAGGGAUCCCUCCGGCGGCCGCAGCGAUGAGCUGGAGGAAGCGGCCGGUCGCUGCCGAGGAGGGACUGAAGAACUAGGCGGCGGCAGCAGCAGCGGCGGGAGUUUCUUCUCGGUCAGGUCCGACUCCAUCAUCCGCACCAAGGACUCCAUCGCGGCGGGGGCCACGUUCCUCGGCUCUCCGGGCUCGGUGGCUGCUCCCAGGCAUUGCCUCGAUGCCUGCUGCGCCGAUGCCCUCUGCACCCUCGCCGUCUUGCAGCAGCAGCAGCAGCAGCAGCAGCCGGCCUCGGUCCGCUGCUAUCUCUUCAACUGCACCUAUCGCGGCCGCGCCGUCUGUGUCUUCUCCCCUCAGCGCGGCUACAACAGCUACUUCCUGGAACCCACCAGCCAUCCUCCUCCGGCUUUGGUUCAGAAGCGAUGGAAGCAAGGGCAGCGUAGGAGGCUGCAGAAUGAUGGAAAAGUAUGGGGGUGGAAAUCCAACAACAAGGGCAUCCUUGGCCAAAUUGCAACUCUAGAAACUGAUGAGCCUCCUCUUAGCAAGGCAGGAGAAGAUAUUAUUCUUCAACUACCUGUUGACUGGGUUAUUCUGGAUGGCAGAGAAAGUGUGGAUGACCAUGGAAUCAUACGAUAUGAGUGGACAUUACUUCAAGGUGCAUCUUCCGUUGAUAUGCAGGUACCUCAGCCAGGAACACUGAAGCUCUCUCAUAUGCAAGAAGGAAAAUACACACUGCAGCUGACCGUGACUGACACAGCUGGCCAAAGGAGUUCAGAUAACGUCUCAGUGACAGUACUUCCAAUGAUUCAUUCUGAAUUAGGUUGUGUUGGGAAAUGUUCCCGAUACCAGUUCCUCUGUGAUGACGGCUGCUGCAUUGACAUCACUUUUGCCUGUGAUGGAGAGAACCACUGUCCUGAUGGGUCAGAUGAAGCUUUUUGCCAUAAAUAUAAUUCAGGACAGAGUGCAAUAACUCACAUAGACACUAUUCAACAAAAAUCAGUUGAAUUUAUGAAAAAAGCCAAUAAAGACCUUACAUUUGAAAUCACCCAGACAAGUACAUUAAGCAGUCAAGUACUUGAACCAGAGAAAAUCAAACAACCACCCUCUCAGGGACCAAAGAAACAAGUUACAGGGUUUAUACCAGAGCAGUGCUUGCUCCCCCUAGCCACUGGCUCAUGCAACAGACACCUCCCUCGCUGGCAUUUUGAUGCUUUUUCAGGCACUUGCAUGCAUUUCAUCUAUGGUGGUUGCAAAGGCAAUGAAAACAACUUUCUUCAAGAAUCUGACUGUCUUGCUGAAUGUGUAAAAGUUCAUGAUUCUAGAAUCUCAGGGAAAGACACAGAUAAGAAUGACAAUGAUAUUGUCAGCUUCAAGAGCACUCAGAUUGAAAAGAGCCUUCCAGUCCCAGAAACAGGUGCUGUACUUCCACUGGCUUUGGGGUUAGCCAUCACCGCUUUGCUGCUACUCAUGGUCGCUUGCCGUUUGCGGUUAGUCCGGCAGAAAUUAAAGAAAGCGCGACCUACUACAUCUGAGGAGUCAGAUUACCUCAUAAAUGGAAUGUAUCUCUAGACUAGAGCAAGAUUCAGGAUACUUUUUUUGCUAUCAAGCUUUCUCACAAAAGUGUGCCUCUUGCAUCUCACAAUUCUUUUUAAAAGUGAAAACUGUGUUACCAAAAUAAGCAGCCAUCUUCCCAAAAUUUUCUUUCAAGGUCUAUGAUAGAUGAACACCAUGUUUUUCAAACUUGGCAACUUGAAGACAUGGGGAUUUCAACUCCUGGAGUUCCCCGGCCAGUGUGGAAUUUCAAGAGUUGAAGUUGACACCCCUUCAAAUUACCAAGGGUAAGAAACACUGAUGUACACAGUUGUAAUGGCAUGCGGUAGUUUUCACCAACAUGGUGUCCUCCAAGUGUUUUGAUCUACAAUGCCUUUCAUCCCCAAGCCAACUGAAGGCUCUAGUAUGGAAUUACUUUAAGAAUAGCCUAUAAUGGAGGUAUGAGCUAAUCCGAUUUAUCUGUUGCAAUCCCACAGAAACAAAAUCACAUUACUGGUGAACAAGUGCAAUGCCACUAUAGCUUAAAAUACAUUUAGUGUACAAAAGAUUUUCUUUUAAACUUAUUCUCGCUUUACACUGUUUAGCCAUUUCUGUUUUGCAAAUUGGUUUUGUAUGGUGAUAAAACCCAAUUUAAAAUACUGGAAGCUAGUGGUUAAUCCAUGCUCCUGCAAUAGCAUGAUGUUCUGUUGCAGUGGCCCACAUCACAGCAGAUACCGAUACAGUACUCACAUCUAAUCCAAAUAUGUAUUUUUGUUAGAGCUUUGACUCAUUAUAGGGCAUUACUUUCCAAACUCUUUCAAGUAGAGCUCGCUUUUCUUUUAAUGCAACCUUAUGAUCUGAUCAGAAUAUUUUCCCAUGAAAAAUUGCACUUGGGAUAUAUAAAUGAAGACUUGGAAUUCA